AUGCGAGACUUACUGUUUGUCAUGAUAAAAACUUUAUUGAUAUUAAACUUAAAGAACAAUGGAGUGCUACGAAGGUUAAGAAUAUGGGCUUAUCAAACCAGCUAGAUGAAAAUAAUUCACUUUUUCAAGACCUUUUCCGAUCAUAUAAAGAAAAUAUAGAGACAAAAGCCGCAUUGUUAAAUAAAAAACUCCGAUUUUACAAUUAUAUUACGUAUACGGUUCUCAAGAUUGAACAAGAUCCUAUCCAAUUACGACUUCGUGUUGGUGAUAUUGUGGAGCUACCUGAAGAGUCCGAAG